AAACACGAACAUGAGCAUUGCCAGUGUGGCUUGUUGUUCUCAGCAAUAGCCGGUACUACAAUGGCUACUGAUUACUGGGCUAGCUCCCAAUAUAAACGCUGGGUCGUGGACCGCGCCACUCUUAGGCAAGCACGUUCCGACGACUUGAUGUAUGUCGAAGACCCGGAACUGCUCGAUUUUUUGAAUAUCUACUUUGCGAACCUGAUAUCCAAACUUGGGAAGCGUCUCUCGCUGAGACAAAGAGUUAUUGCUACUGCGACGAUAUUCUUCCGCCGGUUCUAUAUCAAGAACUCUUACUGCGAGACUGAUCCCUUUAUUGUCAUCUCCGCAUGCUGCUACGUCGCCGCUAAGGCGGAGGAAUCUCCCGUGCACAUCAAGAACGUAGUGUCUGAAUCUCGCCAACUUUUCAGCCAGGAGGGAUAUGGCAUCAAGCACUUCCCUUCAGACAACUCUAAGCUCGCAGAGAUGGAGUUCUACCUCGUGGAUGACCUCGAAUGUGAUCUCACCAUCUUUCAUCCGUAUCGAACCCUCAUGGCUCUGUGCGGGAAGGAGAAUGGUGCCGGUAGUGCAGAAGCCGGAGAACUGGGAAUCGGAAUCGACGAUGGUCCACGAUAUUGGGGCACCGGUGAGGGUAAACUUGAGCUGCAGGAAGGACCCCUGCAGAUGGCCUGGUUCAUCAUCAACGACACUUAUCGCUCUGACAUCUGUCUUCUAUACCCACCUCAUCUAAUCGCCAUUGCCGCCAUCUACCUCACCCUUGUCCUCAACCCCACGACUCGCGCAACCCUGCCGCUGCCUUCCAGGUCUCCCUCACAGUCACAGUCACAAUCUCCAGUGAAGCCCGAUCCUGCCCAGCCCUCGCGACGUUCCUCUCGCAAUAGUUCCGGCUCAACUUCGUCACAGAAGAAAUCGCAGCCAGACGCGAUCGGGUUUAUGGCCGGCUUGAAUGUCUCCAUGUCACUUAUUGCCACCAUCGCUCAGGAAAUCAUCGCUUUGUACACACUUUGGGAACGCUACAAAGAUGACGCUAUAGCUGAAUCAGGUCGCAGUGGCGCAGGUUUUGGUUCGGGAUCUACUUCAGCAAGGGGCGGGUCGAUGGCCAGCGCUGGUACGAAACGUUCUGGAUCUAGGUUGGGCAGUGGGGAUGGAAGCAUCGAAGGUACACCUCUAUUCACGGGACGAGAGGGAACAGAGGGUGGAAGUUCGAUCGUCACGCCUACGAUACUUACCAGGCUGCUGUUCAAGAUGAGGGAAGCUAAGAUGGCGGAUUUGGCGCAUCCUGCGUCUGGGCGGCCGGUAGCGGUGAACAAGAUGUUGGAGAGGACUCAGGCAGCCGGAUGAAGGAAUUCAUCAGUCCAUGUCGCACGUUAUAUUAAUUUCGAUUCAUUUCGGGGUUUGUUUUGUACUGUAGUUUUUCGACCGUAGGUUCGUCACGCAUCACUCUGGGUGCGCCGGCGAACAUAUUUGGC